CCGGUCCGUCGGAACUUGGAAGAAUUUGCCAAGAACGAACGACGGCGGUUGAUGGGUGGAAGCCUUAAUCUUGGCAAAUUGUCGUUGUCGACUGUAGUUCAUCGGGAGUCUAGAUUCGAUUAGUUGUUGAUCUGCUGAAGGCCCAAGACUGCAGCCUCGAUUGGUGAUUGAAUUCAUUUGGAAAUGGAGUGGGCGACGGUGCAGCACUUGGAUCUUCGCCACGCGGGUCGGAGCUCUAGGCCUUUACAACCUCACGCUGCGGCGUUUCAUCCGACUCAGGCCCUCGUCUCCGCCGCCGUCGGUACUUAUAUCAUCGAGUUUGAUGCAUACACUGGAUGUAAGAUCGCGACUGUGGACAUAGGCUCACCCGUUGUUCGCAUGGCUUAUAGCCCCACGGCUGGCCAUUCAGUGAUAGCUAUACUUGAGGAUUGUACAAUUCGAUCCUGUGACUUUGAUAGCGAACAAACAUGUGUAUUGCAUUCGCCUGAAAAGAGAUCAGAACAGAUAUCUAUUGACACUGAAGUCCAUCUUGCCUUGACAAAGCUUCUGCCUGUUGUGUUUUUUGGUUUUCAUAAAAAAAUGAGUGUAACAGUUGUUGGGACUGUGGAGGGAGGGAAAGCGCCUACAAAAAUAAAGACUGACCUGAAGAAACCUAUAGUCAAUCUUGCUUGCCAUCCCCGACUUCCUUCGUUGUAUGUGGCAUAUCAAGAUGGUCUCAUUCGAGCAUACAAUAUCCACACCUAUGCUGUUCAGUACACCCUACAGCUUGAUAACACCAUUAGGUUACAGGGUGCUGGAGCAUUUGCAUUUCAUUCAACAUUGGAAUGGAUAUUUGUCGGUGAUAGACGAGGCACACUUUUGGCAUGGGAUGUAUCAACUGAAAGACCAUUUAUGAUUGGAAUUACCCAGGUGGGCUCACAACCAAUCACAUCUGUUUCUUGGAUUCCAACGUUGCAAUUGCUUGUCACUUUGUCAAAAGAUGGAAGCAUGCAAGUCUGGAGAACUCGAGUAAAUGUGAAUCCAAACAGACCUCCAACACAAGCAAAUUUUUUUGAACCUGCUGCUAUUGAAUCUAUCGACAUCCCUCGCAUUCUGUCUCAGCAAGGCGGAGAAACUGUUUAUCCUCUUCCACGAAUAAGAGCUUUGGAUGUGCACCCAAAGUUGAAUCUAGCAGCAUUGCUUUUUGCUAGCAUUAGUGGUGGUGACAACCGGAAGAACAGAGCUGCAUACACUAGAGAGGGGCGGAAACAACUUUUUGCAGUUCUGCAGAGUGCAAGGGGAUCAUCAGCAUCUGUUUUGAAGGAAAAACUUGCGGCCCUUGGUUCAUCUGGCAUAUUAGCUGAUCACCAACUGCAAGCUCAACUGCAAGAGCAUCACAUGAAAGGCCAAAGUCAACUCACAAUCUCAGAUAUUGCAAGGAAAGCUUUUCUUUACAGUCAUUUCAUGGAAGGCCAUGCAAGGAGUGCGCCCAUAGCUCGAUUACCUCUAAUUACCGUACUGGAUGCUAAAAAUCACCUAAGACACUUUCCAGUUUGCCAGCCUCUUCAUCUGGAUCUAAAUUUCUUCAGUAAAGAGAACCGGGUUCUUCAUUAUCCAGUCAGGGCAUUCUACACUGAGGGGACAAACCUGAUGGCUUAUAAUCUUACUUCUGGACAUGAGGGUAUCUACAAAAAACUGUACAAUUCGAUACCUGGGAAUGUAGAGAUGCAUCCAAAAUCUAUUAUUUAUGGUAAGAAGCAGCGAUUGUUUCUUGUAGUCUAUGAGUUUGGAGGUGCUGCAAACGAGGUAGUUCUGUACUGGGAAAACACGGACCCUCAAUUUCAAAAUAGUAAAGUUACAACUAUCAAAGGUGCAGCCGCCGCCUUUGUUGGUCCAAAUGAAAAUCAGUAUGCUAUUCUUGAUGAUGAUAAAACUUCACUUACCUUAUAUAUGCUGCCUGGAGUGGCCUCACAAGAUUCCCUAGAAAACAAUGAAAGAGUUCUAAAAGGGGAGUCUGUGGAAACAGAAGCAACUUCUGUAAAGGGUCCCAUGCAAUUCAUGUUUGAGACUGAAGUUGAUUGUAUCUUUUCAACUCCUCUAGAGUCAACUCUGUUGUUUGCUUCUCAUGGGGACCAGAUUGGCUUGGGAAAGCUCAUUGUAGGAUACCGUCUCCCUAGUACAGAUGGACACAUUAUCUCAACUAAAGCUGAAGGGCUCAAAUUCAUUAAGCUGAAAGUCAAUGAGAAUGUGCUUCAGGUACAAUGGCAAGAAACUCUCAGGGGAUUUGUUGCUGGUAUACUGACCACACAACGUGUGCUCAUUGUAACAGCGGACUUGGACAUAUUAGCAAGUACUUCUGCAAAAUUCGAUAAAGGACUUCCUACUUAUAGAUCUCUGCUGUGGCUUGGGCCAGCACUUCUCUUUUCUACUUCUACUUCUGUCAACAUUCUUGGUUGGGAUGGAAAAGUUAGGACCAUUCUCUCAAUCAGUAUGCCAAAUGCAGUGCUGCUAGGAGCUCUGAAUGAUCGUCUGCUGCUCGUAAACCCAACUGAUAUAGAUUAUAAACAAAAGAAAAAAUUUGAGAUCAAGAGCUGUCUUGUUGGGUUGCUUGAACCUCUUCUUAUUGGGUUUGCUACAAUGCAGCAACAUUUUGAGCAAAAGCUUGAUUUGUCAGAAGUUCUAUACCAAAUAACAUCAAGAUUUGAUAGCCUGCGAAUUACUCCAAGAUCACUUGAUAUUCUUGCCAGAGGCUCUCCGGUUUGUGGUGAUCUUGCUGUAUCACUUUCACAAUCAGGGCCUCAGUUCACUCAGAUCUCAAGGGGGACAUAUGCAAUCAAAGCACUGCGUUUUUCUACUGCUUUGUCUGCAUUGAAAGAUGAGUUUUUGCGGUCAAGAGAUUACCCUCGAUGCCCCCCGACAUCCCAUUUGUUCCAUCGAUUCCGCCAGUUGGGAUAUGCAUGUAUAAGAUAUGGUCAGUUUGACAGUGCGAAAGAAACUUUUGAAGUUGUAGCUGACUAUGAAAGUAUGCUUGAUCUAUUUAUAUGUCACCUAAACCCUAGUGCAAUGAGGCGUCUUGCCCAGAAGUUAGAAGAAGAGGGUGUUGAUUCAGAGUUGAGGAGAUACUGCGAGAGGAUUUUGAGAGUCCGUUCAACUGGGUGGACACAAGGCAUUUUUGCGAACUUUGCAGCUGAAAGUAUGGUUCCUAAAGGGCCUGAAUGGGGUGGUGGGAACUGGGAGAUCAAGACACCUACAAACUUGAAGGAUAUACCUCAGUGGGCACUUGCUGCUGAGGUGAUGCCGUACAUGAGAACUGAUGAUGGCCCCAUCCCGGCCAUUGUCACUGAUCACAUUGGUGUUUAUCUUGGUUUGAUCAGAGGAAGAGGCAAUGUUGUUGAAGUGAGAGAAGAUAGUUUAGUGAAAGCAUUUAAAGCAGAUGGUGGUGUCGGUACUAAUGGACUUCCAACAUCUCUUGCUCCAUCAACAUCGAUCAAGCCCAUUAGGCUCACUGAUAGUGAAUCAAAGAGUGGUUCCUUGAAUGGUCUAGAAACUCUCUCCCAGCAAUUUACUGUCUCUGGUGCAGUUGAUGCGCAGGCAAAGGCUGAAGAAGAGUUCAAGAAAUUGCCAUAUGGUUCUACUGCAGAUGAUAGCAGCAGUGAUGAGGAAGGAACUUCUAAAACCAAAAAGUUGCAAAUCAGGAUCCGAGACAAACCAGUUACAUCUGCUACAGUGGAUGUCAACAAAAUUAAGGAAGCUACUAAACAAUUAGGUAUGCCUAUGAGUAGGACCAAGUCAUCAACAGGUUCAGCACAAGAUCUUGGCCUGCUUUUACCUCAACCAGCCACCACAACCACUGGAACUGCAGCAGGUCUAGUUUCUGCUCCAGCUGAUAUUUUUGGAACCAGUACAUUGGUUCAACCACCACCCCAGCCUACCUCAAAGGGACCCAGCUUUGGAGUUAGUGCUAGGCCAAUACCAGAGGACUUCUUCCAGAAUACAAUAUCAUCCGUUCAGGUUGCAGCAUCCCUUCCUCCACCUGGGACCUUUCUCUCUAGAAUGGAACAGAAUGCUCAAAGUGCUGAAAGUAACAAGACCCCAGCUAACCAGGGGGGCAGUGCACCUGCUGUUGAGUUUGGUCUGCCCGAUGGUGGGGUACCUCCUCAAGUAACUCAACCACUGGCUGUGUCUGAAUCUGCUGGUACUCUGUAUGGUGGUAUUCCUCCACAGCCCCUGCCUCAAGCCUCUGUUCCAUCUCAACCACAGAUGCACACAGGACAGUUUCCAGGCUCUGAUCAACCCCUCGACCUCAGUUCACUUGAAGGUCCAGGGUCUGAAACAUCUGGAAGACCUCCUAAUGCAGCUUCUCCCCCAAAAACUGUGCGUCCUGGACAGGUUCCACGUGGGGCUGUUGCUGCCGUUUGUUUCAAGACUGGACUUGCUCACCUGGAGCAGAAUCAACUUUCAGAUGCAUUAUCCUGUUUUGAUGAGGCCUUCCUAGCUUUGGCCAAGGAUCAAUCUCGUGGUGCUGAUAUCAAGGCGCAAGCCACUAUCUGUGCCCAAUAUAAGAUAGCAGUUACCCUUCUUCAGGAAAUCAUUCGGCUGCAAAAAGUUCAAGGCCCCAGCGCACUCAGCGCAAAAGACGAGAUGGCUAGAUUGGCACGGCAUUUGGGUUCAUUGCCUCUUCUUGCCAAGCACAGGAUAAAUUGCAUCCGAACUGCCAUAAAAAGAAACAUGGAUGUGCAGAACUAUGGCUAUGCCAAACAGAUGCUGGAACUUCUCCUUUCCAAAGCACCUCCAGGCAAGCAAGACGAGCUGAGAAGCCUGAUUGACAUGUGCAUUCAGAGGGGCUUGACCAACAAAUCCAUCGACCCCCUGGAAGACCCCUCCCAAUUCUGCGCUGCUACGCUCAGCCGCCUGUCCACCAUUGGGUAUGAUGUCUGUGACCUCUGUGGCGCAAAGUUCUCUGCUUUGUCGACGCCUGGCUGCAUCAUCUGUGGAAUGGGAAGCAUUAAAAGAUCAGAUGCCAUUGCUGGACCUGUUGGACCUGUCCCGUCACCAUUUGGCUGAGGUCUAUGUCGAUGUCACUGAGAUUGUUCGAUACUCUCUUUUCUGUAGAGAUGAGCAGAAGAUUCACACUACAAUUUCCUCUUGUAAUUUUGUGCUUGUGUAUCUUUGUAUUCUUGUAUGUUUCUUGUUAGUUGAUUUGAUCUGUCCCCUAUUUUUCUGAAAUGGCCUGUUUUCAUGUAAUGAGUUAGAUGGUAUCUUUCACCUAUAUAUGAUUCUCAUUCAUUGCUUCUC